AUCUUUACCUCAUUGACAUGCUGUGGCUUUUGUAGCCAUGAAUUGUUCGUUUCUUUGAUCAAUUAGCACAGCAAUUAGGAGAGUUGAUGCCUAGCUAAUAGUCAGAGCUAAUUCUGCAAGAGAUGGCUGCUAAACUGGGAUUCAAGAUAUUCGCUGCACUGCUUGUGAUGGUGCCUAUCAUAACACUGUUCAUGGUCAUUGGGCUAGAAAAAAACUAUGUGGAGCAACUGAAAGAUGAGCACACUGCAAUGCUUGCACGACGGAGUGCAGUACACAAGCGAUCUCCAUUGGGCCAGGCACAAGAUCAAGACAAUGCCAAUUACUACAGAGAAGUAUCAAAUCCAAAGAAGCAUAUUGAUGGCUUGUCAUCGAACAACAAUGAUCUCUCACAUCAAGCACAGGUGUUGUACAAAAGUGGGUCUCCAGUGGAAACCGUAAAUAUUCAGAAUAUUAUAUCACCUGGUCCAGAGUUCUACGAGAUGCUGAAAGAGAGAAAAACUUACGAGCUUCGUAUGGAGAAGAGUAUGCAAGAGUCGUGGUGGUACAUUCGAAGCCAGUUAGAAAUGCUCAAAUCUGGGAAGAUUCCGACUAACAAUAUUGCUCCAUACCUCACAGACACUCUGAAUAGUAUGAAGGACCAGUACAAUUCUGCAAGAAAAUGGUACGGAGAGUUAAAACACAGUGGUUCCCCUGACAGCACAGUGCAACUAAACUGGCAGUAUUGGCAGAAAAACGUGUCUAUGGAAAUGCAAUCACUCAUGCAGAAAAGACUGGAUCGCUUACAAAAUCCGAAAGACUGUGAUACGGCACGAAAACUAGUAUGUCAAGUUGGGAAAACGUGUGGAUUUGGUUGUCAAAUGCAUCAUGUAUCUUAUUGCUUCAUUCUAGCUUUUGCUAGUGAGAGAACACUGGUGUUGGACUCAAAAGGAUGGAGUUACAGUCCUAAAGGCUGGGACUCUGUUUUCCUACCUGUCUCACCUUGCCAAGCCCCAGGUCGAAGGAGAGGUUGGAGUCUGACGUCUACAGAGCUAACUGUUAGUCUUCCCCCUGUGGACAAUCUCUCCCCCCGCCCUCCACAGCUUCCCAUGGCCGUACCCAGCGACUUAGCGGACAGGUUGAUGUCUUUCCAUGGACUACCGUUUGCAUGGUUUGUGAGUCAGUUCCUCUCGUUCCUCAUGAGACCCUCGGCAGAUCUGGAGCAGUACAUUAGAGAGAAGAAGGAGAGACUGGCACUGGGCAGUGUGGACGGACCCAUCGUAGGGAUACAUGUGCGUCGUACAGAUAAGAAAUCUGAAGCACGCUACCACGACCUCAGGGAGUACAUGAACCAUGUUAAUGAAUGGUACGAGUGGUACGAGAUGGAACACAAUGAUAAAGAGGUUAAACGAAGAGUUUUUAUUGCCACAGAUGAACCAUCAGUUCUCAAGGAAGCUAAGGCCUCAUACCCUGACUACGAGGUUCACAGUGAUGCCACCAUCACGUCCCUGGCAAGCAAGACCUCUACACGCUACUCCACAGACUCUCUGUUUGGUGUGAUAUUCGAUGUCACUGUGCUCUCAGAAUGUGACUUCUUGGUUUGCACGUUCUCUUCACAGGUAUGUCGUCUGGCCUAUGAGCUGAUGCAGCAGCUACACGUUGACGCCUCCAGGAAAUACUACAGCCUUGAUGACGUGUACUACUUUGGUGGUCAACAGGCACACAAUGUUCAGGCAAUACAGGACCACGACUCGUCCAAGCAGACCACACACGAUGGUGAACUAUCCUUUGAGGCAGGAGACUUGUUCGGUAUAGCCGGGAAUGAGAAGAACGGGUACAGUGUAGGGAAACAAGUGUCAAGUCAGAAAAGAGGACAAUUUCCAUCGUAUAAGGUCGAGGAACAAGUACGAGUGGCUGAUUUUCCAACAUACAAUGAUGUGUAGUUUGUUAUUGCAAUUGGUUAGUUUGUUUGGUUUUGUUGUUGAUUAUUUUGGCAAUCUCUUUUAUAUAUACGCCUGUCGCUUCAAUAAUGGUCUUUAGUAAAAUUUUCCACACAUUACAUUAUAUACAUGUACAGCCAUAUCAUGUAUGUGUAGCUGACACAGGUUGCCAGUUUAAAUUUGUUUUUGUCUGACUCAGUACAUGACUCUAAAAGUGUUUUAUGAUAGUUUGUGGUCAUUAUUUUAAUAAUACAUGAAGUACCAAUUCAA